AAGGUGGCGUGUUGCACCGACGACUGCUGGGCGGUUGUGUCGUAACGUCUCAUCCCGCCCGCUUGAGUCCGUCUGCAACAACGGAGCACGUUGUCGAAAAAGAAGGCUUUUUAACGCAGCGUCGUCCACACUUUUCGCUGUUUUUCUUCUUCUUUUCUUUUCUUUUUUUUUUUUACAUGCCUAUGCGGCGGAGUGGCACGCAUAGGCAGCACGCGGCUGAGUUCCCGUGGACGUUAGGGGGCGUUGCGGUUCCGUUUGAGCUCCAAUGGAGUAAACGCGGCGCCGCCUCUCCGACCAAUCAAAGGCGCGACGUCCCAGUUCCUGCUCUUAUAAAUGUCCACGGAUCCCGGACACUCGGUACCGGAGAAUGAGAGAGACACUAACGAGACAUCACUCGACGAGACACUGGACCUAUCAGUCCUUUAGUUUUUAUUUCGAUUUCCUCGUUUUCCCAGGUGUUUUAUAGCAGGAAAUAAGAUGGCCACGUCCGACAGCGCCACGUUGAGCAAAGCUGUCAAGCAGCAGUACAUGGAUCUCCCCCAGGGAGAUAAAGUCCAAGCCAUGUACAUCUGGAUUGACGGGACCGGAGAGGGGCUCCGGUGCAAAACCAAGACGCUGGAUUUUGAGCCCAAGAGCAUCAACGAUUUCCCCGAGUGGAACUUCGAUGGCUCCAGCACGGCCCAGUCCGAGGGCUCCAACAGCGACAUGUACCUGAUCCCCGUUGCCAUGUUUCGGGAUCCGUUCCGCAAGGACCCCAACAAGCUGGUCCUGUGUGAAGUGCUCAAGUACAACCGCAAACCUGCAGAAACCAACCUUCGCAUCACAUGCAGCAAGAUCAUGGAGAUGGUGGAGGACCAGCAUCCCUGGUUUGGCAUGGAGCAGGAGUAUACCAUCCUGGGCACGGACGGGCACCCUUUUGGCUGGCCAUCUAAUGGUUUCCCUGGACCACAAGGUCCGUACUACUGUGGUGUGGGAGCUGACAAAGCCUAUGGCAGAGAUAUAGUGGAGGCCCAUUAUAGAGCUUGUCUGUAUGCCGGAGUCGAGAUCUGUGGCACAAAUGCAGAAGUGAUGCCCGCUCAGUGGGAGUUCCAGGUCGGACCGUCUGAGGGGAUCAACAUGGGCGAUCAUCUCUGGGUGGCGCGCUUUAUCCUGCAUCGCGUCUGCGAGGAUUUCGGCGUAGUUGCCUCAUUUGACCCCAAGCCAAUCUCUGGCAACUGGAACGGUGCUGGCUGCCAUACAAACUUCAGCACAAAAGAGAUGAGGGAAGAUGGUGGCUUAAAAGCCAUUGAGGAUUCCAUUGAGAAGCUCGGGAAGAGGCACAGCUAUCACAUCCGCGCCUAUGAUCCCAAAGGGGGGCUCGACAACGCCCGCCGUCUCACCGGCCAUCACGAAACCUCCAACAUCCACGAGUUCUCCGCAGGCGUGGCCAACCGCGGCGCCAGCAUCCGCAUUCCUCGCAACGUUGGCCAGGACAAGAAGGGCUACUUCGAGGACCGCCGCCCGUCGGCCAACUGUGACCCGUACGGUGUGACGGAGGCCCUGAUCCGCACCUGUUUGCUGAGCGAGGAGGGAGAGGAACCAGCGGAUUAUUAAAUCCACAACACUAUGAAUGACUCCCACUGCCCUCCUUUUCUUUAAACUAGUACUGUAUUUUUAUUUUUUUCUCUCUCAAUGAGAUGACUUUUAACCUGCAUUUAAUGGCUUAAAGUUGGCUGGUCAACUUAAAACAUGACGAGGUAAUACUAUCUUUGGUAGUUACGUGCUGGUAAUGGCAGGGUACGUCUUUCCCCUCGUCUUUUAGAAGGGAUUGGCUUUUGUAACUAUGUUUUAUAGCCCAGCCCUUUCUGUUUGUUGGUGACUAAAAUGAACUAAAGCACACGGGACCCUGAAAAGUAGAGAUGCUAAUGUUUGGACAGCAUGUGUAACUUAAUAAAAAUCGGGAUUAGUUCAUGUACUGUUAAAAAAAAAGAAAGAAGAAAGAUCUGUUGACCUGCCUUUUUUAAGUAUCCAGUCUUCAAUGUUACUAAUUCUUUGACGCGUCUAUUUUUUAAAUGGCAAUGUUUGUCUUCAGAUUUUUGACACACUGAGUCAACUUGUAUGGUACACUUUGUAGAUGUCUGUACCCAGACGUAUGUCGUUCAAAUGUGGUGGAUUGUCCAUAAUGCCAUUUGUAGAUUUCCUCAAGGAGUUUUAUCCUUUUGUUAACAGCGAUAUUGUAAUGCACUUGAUUUGUUAACACCAUGUUUACUGGACCUGGUGUUUUUAUUGAUGCAUUUAAAACUUUUAUUUUACCACAACAUGGUUGUCUGACUCUUGACGUAUCGUUUUGGCAAAUAUGCAUAUUUGCUUUCCAAGGGCUGGAAGACUGAUGCUGCUCUAUGGUUAGCGUAGCAUAAAGACUGGCACCAGGGGGAAGCAUUUAUUCUAAAGUUUCUGGGUUAAUUCAACUAUGUUGCCACCGUUUUCAAAUGCUAAGCUAGCAUGCUGCUAAUCUGGAGCUCAAUGCUGCAAAUAAAUUAAUAAUGCUGGAGCAGAA